UCCGACAGCUCAAUAAAAACCUUCCACCCGUCGGUCUAGGAGGAUAAGAGCAAGAUACUGUUAACGAGUGCUGGAGAUGGCUUUCAGAGUUCCAGUCUCAGUCUAUCUCUUAUUCAAUGCAAUGACGGCAUUAACUGAAGAGGUAGCCAGGACGCUAACACCCCCAACCACAACCCAGCAAAGUAACUGGACAGUUAACAAAACAGAAGCUGACUACACAGAAGGAUCCAUCGCCUUGAAGUUCCCACAUCCUUGCCUGGAAGACCACCACAGUUACUGCAUCAAUGGUGUUUGCGCAUUCCACCACGAGCUGGAGACAGCUCUCUGCAGGUGUUUUACUGGUUAUACUGGAGAAAGGUGUGAGCACCUGACCUUAACUUCAUAUGCUGUAGAUUCUUAUGAAAAGUACAUUGCAAUUGGGAUUGGAGUUGGAUUAUUAUUAAGCGGUUUUCUUCUUAUUUUUUACUGCUACAUAAGAAAGAGGUGUUUAAACCUGAAAUCACCUUACAACAUCUGUUCUGGAGGAAGACCACUGUGAGGCCAUUGAAAGAAGUUUUCAUGAGGCCCUUGUAAAAAUCCCUGGGCCCCAAAUGGAAAUCUUCAAGUGAAACAACAAAACUUCCCAAGCUAACAAGACUUGAAAAUAAAAGAAGAUGGGCUCGUGAUGAAACGAGAAAAUAAGUUUCAACACGGAUCCUUAGACUUUGCCACUGUUAGAGUGACAUGGGAGCCCAGAGGACAAGCUACAGUGACAGAAGUCAAGUUCAUAGUCCUUCUUUGGGUUUGUUGCUGUUGUAUGGUUAUUGUUCUCGCUGCAGAGAGACUGAGUUAAAACUCAGAUAAAACAUAAAUGUUUCUGACUAUGUCAGAUGUCAACUUUCAGGGGAACAGUGAUCCACCUGCAGCCAACCAAAGUCAUGUCAGUCUUGAGGUCUUCAUUUCGCUUGCUGCCAGUAUUUUGGAUCAACGCUCUAUGGACCGAAUCCCACACAUGCUGCUUUCAUGGUGUCUCAAAGAAUGUGAUGGCAACUAUUUGGAAGAUUUCAGUGUUAUGGCACCUCCAGUGAACCAAACAUGUUCUUCUUUCUAAGCUAGAGAAAAGAAAGUGGAGUGUCCAAGGCAAAUAUAAAGCAUACCUAGCUCGUGACAACACUGUGAAAUGUGGAAUAAGCUAAAGAGUUUCUGAUGACUGAAAGCUCUCUGGAUAUUGAGCCCUACAGAGGCAGAACAUCUUUGUUUCUGCAUGGAUUAUAAAACUUUGUGUUAGACUCACUGGCCCCAGAAUGCUUAUGUCCAUCACUUUCUCCUAUUGUUAAGGACUAUCUCUUUGGACUGAAAUUCUAAAAUUCUACCAAUAAAUAAAAUUCUGCACUUGGCUCUGAAAUAGAAACUGAAGAAUAUGACAUAGGAAUUGUUCAUCAGCCAAAAGCUGAUUACCAUUUCUGAAUACCUGAUAGAAAAUGGAGCAUUGGUAGAAAUUGGUAGAAAUAAUGAUUUGAGAGUUAAGAGCCUUCCUCUUUAAUCAUAUUUCUUCCACCUAAAGAGUCUUGUGCAGGUCCCUUAAUUUCUUUUGGCUUUGAUCUCAUUUUCCACAAAGUCUGUCUAGCUCUCAAUCUGACAGUGAGAGAAAAGAGAAAAUCUUCCAUAUCUGUGUUGCAAGUGGAACUAUUCUCAAUCUCAUCUCUGUCCCUGACCUCACCUCUAACCCCAAAACAUACCACUGGCUAUUGUCUUAGGUGUAUAUUUUAGUGUUUGGCUUGUAAAACCAUAAUUUAAGACUUUGUUUUUAAAAGAAGUAAAACAUGAAAUUAAAGCAUAA